UGAGGAGUACGCUGGACACAGAGUAGCUGAGCAGCAGCACAGAGUCCCCAGGAGCCUCGGUCCAGCUUCAGGGCUGGGGUCGUUCCAGGCCCAGUUGUAGACCCCAUGGCCAGGGGAGUCCACAUAGAGGCCAAGGCCUCCCUUCCUCCACAGGCCUCCCCCUUCCCACCUGAGGUCUUGCCUUCCUCAGCUCUUCCGUCUCAGACAUGCUGGAUUUGCUAGACUGAAUCCGACCCAGUUCCUGGUUCUCUCUCUUCAGGGGCUUCCCUACCCCCUAGCUUUCCUGUCCCCACCCCAGCUCAAGAAGAGGACCCAUGGCCUGGGAAGCCAUGUACCUGCUGGCACCUGUCCUGCUGGUGCUCCUGGUCUCAGGCUCCCGGGAACAAGAACCAGCGCUAGUGUUGUUGCAGAAACUGGAAGGUGAGAACAUCUCCUUGACAUGUCCCUACUGGGGCAGGAAAGAUUCAUACAUGGUGAAAAUCUGGUGCAAGAAAACAUCAGAAAAUUCGCGUAACCUAUUAGUCACCAGCCCCAGGUCCUGGGCAAAGAAGUCCCGAUACUCGAUCCAGGAUGAACGUAGAUUUAGCUACUUCAACAUCACCAUGACUGGGCUCAGGACAGCGGACUCAGGAUUCUAUGACUGUGGAAUCUACGACUCUUCUCAGUCAGUUGUCUAUAUUUGCAGAAGCUUCCGUCUGAUAGUAUCUCCAGCUUCAACCCUGUCCACCACCAGGAGCACUGUGACGACCACAGUCUGGGCCUCUGCCACCAGCCUUUCCACUGACAGGUCUUCAUUUCCAAGCCCUCCAGGCAACUGGAAGUUUGUUGUCUCAGGUGUGGUGGUGGUGGUCCUCUUGCUGCUGGUGCUCACCAUCUUCAUGAUCCUCUACCUCAGGAAAGCCCGAGGAAGAGCCGGGAAAGGUGAGGAUGAAUCCCACAUCACUGAUGACCUCUCAGCCCAAAAAGAGGAGACCACUGGCUUUGAGCAGAAGAUGGGCUCUGAAGAGGACACUGGGGACAUCCAAUAUGCCACACUUACCCACCUAAACCGCUUUGGCACUGAGGAUUCUAUCUACGCCAACACCCAUUUCAGCUGGAAACCCACGCCUGACCCCCUUCUGUUUGUGGAAUAUGCCAGCAUCGCUAGAAACAAACCCCAGCCCUCCUAGUUGGCUGCUCUAGAGACGAGUCUCAGGAACUGAGGGCAGACUUCACUGGGCAGGAAGCACUUAUCAAAUGCCAAUGAGGUACCGAGCUGCUCUACCAGUGAUGGGUGAAGUCAGUGUGCCAAUGUCACUACAGACUACCAAGGGGCCAUCCCUCCCCUGCAAGGGAGGUGAGGUGGGGGAAAGUCCUUAUCAUUCUGGAGGACAGAGGCUUUGAACCUGAGGGUUGUGAUGGGCAGGCUAUGGGGAUAAUAGAGGGGGUAUUUGGGCACCUGCCUAGGGUCUGGGUCUGGAAGGAGUGCUACUACAACAGAGCCCAAAUAGAUAGAGGUCUGGGACCCAGUGCUCUGAGUAAGCUAAUCCUCACCUCCUCUGUGACCAUGACUUCCUUCCUGACCAGGAGCCAUGAAAUCUGGCAGAUUGUGCAAGUUCCUCUAGUGAUGACACUCUCCUUGAGAGCCCCCUCCCUUAACUGUCCUCUUAAGACCACCAAGCCAAGCUGGAAAGCUUGGACACCCCUCUCCCUCCACCUCCAACUCCCUCUUCUCUUUCCUGGCCUCCUGACUGUAACUCCCCAUCUGUUCAUGGAAUUCUCACUCGCCUGCCAGGAGGAAAGCUGGGACGUGAGCAGUGCCCCCACUACUCAGUGGACCCCCAGCUCUUGGCCUUGCCAGGGUUGGUGAUAGGCAUCCCUCCCUGUCACUGCUCAUAGACCCCCCACUCAAAAUUGACCUUGGCUCCGCUGCCUUCCACAGAGACCAUUGCCCAAUCUGCUAACUUAAUCUCAGUCAAGCAAAGUGGGUUGGAGGAGUCAUCCUGCUUAGCGUAAGUAUUUUCCAUAGGGGCCUUCUGGAGACAGAAAACCAAAAAAAACCUGUUGCUGUUCAAUCUGUUCUGACUCAUAGCGACCCUAUUGGACAGAGUAGAACUGCCCCAUAGGAUUUCUUAGGAACAGCUUGUGGGGUUUGAACUGCUGACCUUUUGGUUAGCAGACACAGCUCUUAACCACUGCUCCACCAGGGCUCCUCUGGAGACUGGGUCCCUUUUUAUUUUGUGUUCCAAAGAAAUGACUCUGAACUCUGGCAACUUCAGGCCAAGUAGGCGGAAGGAUGGCAUCCUCUACAUUGUGGGAGGAGAUUGCUUGGAACUGCAGAGUCAUCACUUCUCAAGGUUGAUGUUAAAGGUCAUCAGAUCUAACUGACACUGGGAUGCCAGAACCCUCUCCCCUAGAAGUCCUAAUAAGGAGUCAUGCAGUCACUGCCUCAAUCUCUCUGAGGACAGAGAACUUACCUACCACCCAACCCAAAACCCAUUGUUGUCGAGUUGAUUCCGGCUCACAGUGACCCUGUAGGACAGACUAGAACUGCCCCAUAGGGUUUCCAAGGCUGUAAUAUUUACACAAGCAGACUGCCUCAUCUUUCUUCUGGGGAGCGGCUUAUGGAUUUGAACCGCUGACCUUGUGGUUAGUAGCUGAGUGCUUAACCACUGUGCCACCAGGGCUUACCUACCACCCAGGCAGCUCUUUAUUCAUAUUUGGUCAGACAGGAUCUUGCUUGCCUUCAGGUUGCAAUGAGACAACAGCAUGUCCUCGAGAUGGGACCUGACGGUGAGGCUAGGUCACGGCCAGAAGGGAGUAGGGGAUUGGAGAGGAGAUGAGUGGGCAGCUUGAGGUCUGGCAAAGAUGGUCUGAGAGGGUGAGGAAGUCCUUUGAGAGGAAGGUGGGGAAAGCUCCUGAUACUGGGACAUCUCUGUUGCCAUUGUUAAUCUUCCAGGUCCCCAGUGUUGGGCACAGGGUUGUCCCCAGCCUACAGCACCACAAGGCAUAGACCGUGCAGACCUGCAGGGUCAGAAACUCAGGGAGUUGAGGGAAAUGAGAGCAUGGAGGGGAGCAAGAUGCUCUAGGUGUCACUUUGGGUCCUGAGAGCUCUGCUCUCCACCUUCCUACCUGAGUCCUUCACCUCCUGCUGCCCAGAUAUGACUGGGUGGGUAAUUCCUGCACCCUGACUCCCGCCUGGUCCGACCUUGCUGGGACAAGGAGGUCAUUAGCAUUAAUGUGCAGCCUCAUCUGACCCCUGGUCUUUCCCAGUUUGAGGCUCCUGGAAGCAAGUCUACAUACCCACUGAGGAAGUCCAUCUUUACCAGGUUCUCCCCACCUUGGGUCUCCUGCCUGCCUUGCUCUGGCUCCAGCGCCAGGAGCCAGCUUGAGCAUCAUGAGCUGUUGAGACCCAAAGGGUUUAUUUACUUUCACUAGAGCUCCUAGACUUAUACCUACUCUGUGUUCAUUGGACAAGCAGUUAUGUGUGCCCGCUGACCACCAUGCACUGUGCUCAGGGUUGGGGCUGUAGAGGUUAAUUCUGGUAAGCUAAUAUUUAUGGAGUGCUUUUUGUGUGCCUGGUUCCCUCUUCAUGUAUUAGUGGCUCAAACAUCCCUAUGAGGUAAGUACUUCCUGCAUCUUGCAAUGGGGAAAUUGAGGCACGGAGAGGUGAAUAAUUCCCCAAAGUUACACAGCUAGUAAGUGGUGAGUCUUAGACUCUGCAUUUUUUUUUUAGUGUCAAGUUUUUGAGUUUUUAACAAUUUAAUAGGUUAGAAAUGAUAUUUCAUUCAUUUAUUUUUCUUUUUUAAUUGUGCUUUAGGUGAAAGUUUACAGAGCAAAUUAGUUUCUCAUUCAAUAGUUUAUAUACAAAUUGUUUUGUGACAAUGGUUGCAAUCCCUGUGAUGUGUCAACACUCUUCCCUUCUCCACCCGGGGUUCUAGUACCUAGUUAGUGACCUCCCUUUCCCACCCCUCCCCUCCCUUGUAACCAUCAAAGAUUGUUUCUUUCUGUGUGUAAGCCUUUUCUCGAGUUUUCAUAAUAGCGGUCUCAUACAGUAUUUGUCCUUUUGUGAUUGACUUAUUUCACUCAGCAUAAUGCCCUCCAAAUUCAUCCAUGUUGUGAGAUGUUUCAAAGAUUUCAUCUUUGUUCAUUAUUGUUGUGUAGUAUUCCAUUGUGUGUAGGUACCAGUUUGUUAAUCCAUUCAUCUGUUGAAGGGGAAUUAAGUUGUUCCCAUCUUUUUUGCUAUUGUGAAUAAUGCUGUCAUGAACACGGGUGUGCAUAUGUCUAUUCGUGUGAUGACUCUUAUCUCUCUAGGAUAUAUUACUAGGAGUGGGGUUCUGGAUCAUAUGGUACUUUUAUUUCUAGCUUUUUAAGGAAGUACCAUAUCAUUUUCUACAGUGGUCGUACCAUUGCACAUUCCCACCAGCAGUGCAUAAGAGUUCCAAUCUCCCUGUAACCUCUCCAACAUUUGUUAUUUUCUUUUUUAAUAAGUGCCAGUAACAUUGAGGUGAGAUGGUGUCUCAAUGUAGUUUUGAUUUCCGUUUCUCUAACAACUAAUGAUCCGGAGCAUAUUUCCUCGUGUGUCUGUUAGCUGCUUCAAUGUCUUCUUUGGUGAAGUGUCUGUUCAUAUCUUUUGCCUUUUUUUUUUUAAUUUCUCAUUCAACAAUUUAUACACAAACUGUUUUGUGACGUUGGUUGCAACCCUCAUGAUGUGUCUACACCCUCCCCUUCCACACCUCAAUUCCCUGUUUCCAUCGUCUAUUUUUCCUGUCCUUUCCUGCCUUCUUGUCAUUGUUUUCGGACAGGUGUUGCCGUUUUGGCCUCAUAUACAUGACUGAACUAAGAAGCACAUUCCUCACGCGUAUUAUUGUUUUAUAGACCUGUCUAGUCUUUAGCUGAAGGGUGAAUUUCAGGAUGGAUUCUACAUUUUUUACUACUAUGCUUCCCAAUUGCCUUAAUGAUCUUAUUGUUGUGUGGGGGUUGGGGUGGGUAGGGGAAGUGGCAGGCAGAUGUAUGAAAAAAUAAUGACAAUACAAAGCAAUCAUUGCUCCAGCUGGAUGAAUGCUAAAAGUGCUGGGGGGUGGGGGUUGGUGAGCAUGAAUUUUUCUGAUGCAAGACACAGUCCUAAGUCUAGGAGUAACGAGAAGACAGCCAGGAGUGUGGUUGACUUAGUUGGACAGUUCAAGGGAAGUGACUCUGAACCAGUGUCCCAGAUAACAGGACCUGGGUUCCUCCUAUCCACCCUGCCUCAGGGAGAGGGCUGCCCUUCCUACCACCACCAAGGGCCUGAGGGUACCUUUCCAGAGCUAUGAUUUUAAGAAUGUACCCCUUUCCCUUAACUUUGGUUGCCCUUAACCUCAGUUGCCUCAGAGAACCCAUGGUAACCAAGGUAUCCCAAAACCACAGGGCCCACUGCAAGGCAUUCAUGGGUGAAGAGGGAUUACUGGUCCUUGGCUUUGGGGAUGCAGGAAGGCUUUUUAAGCCAUUACAGGUGUAUGAGCUUCCCACCCUUUCAGCAUGAUUCUUCUCCCUAACAGCUUGCCCGCCCAACACAAAGUGCUUCCUCCUUCACUUUGUCUCCCAUGCUCUUUACUUCAGGGCACACAGCACAAUAUGCAAACAUUGUAUUCAUUGAUUUGUCUACUUUUAUUUUUUGGUUGUUAUUUUGAGCCACUAAGUUUUGGGAUAGUUUGCUAUGCAGCCAUAAAUAACAAAUAAAAAAAAAAAAGUUUUGGGAUAGUUUGCUAUGCAGCCAUAAAUAACAAAUAGCCAAGGCAAAUUUGAAGAAUAAGGCCAUGGGGGGAGGGGGUAGCCUUACUCUACCAGAAACCAAGACUUGCUACAAGUUAUAGUAAUCACAAUGUGAUGCUAAGAAAACAGGCCAAUGCAAUAGAAUAGAGGGGAGAGAAACAGACCCAUGCAUAUAUGGCAACUUGAUAAUCAAUAGUGUCAUAAUAGUGUUGGCAUUAUGGAUCAGGGAGGAAAGGAUAGAUUAUUCGACGAAUGGUGGAGGCACAAUUAACUACCUAUACGGGGGAAAAGUAAAAUCGGAUUCCUACCUUACGUCUUACACAAAAAUAAACAAAUAAACUUAAAUGUGAAUAGCAAAACAAUAAAAUGCUAUAGAAAAUAUUUAAAAAAUGCUUUUAUGACUUCCGGAUAUUUUCCAGUUCUGAGAGUUCACGAAAAUAAUCAUAGAAAAAAUGGAGUUCAUUGAGUGACUUUGGGGCCCCCAAGUGGCAUUUGCUCUAUAAAAAUGCAUAGACAACACUUCAGGAAUGUGCUGUUACCAGAUUUCUGUUAGAGGUUUGUUGCGUCUCAGAGGGAACAGCAAAAAGACACUUGAACUUGGUACUGUGUGUGCGUUUUAGUGUUAAGGUAGGUUUAUUGUAAAAUUCCACCUGAUACAAUGUAAGAGAGAAAGUAAACUUUUCACUUCCUAGGUCUGAGCCACUGUUUGUUUAUUUUCAUGUGCAAAUGAAAAUACGACAAAGCUGGGUGAAGUGUUAGUUAUACUUUUCUGUACCUCAAAAUAUUUCUUAAUCAAAGGGGGGAAAAAAAAACCAGCUAUUGCAAAAGUCCAAGCAGAGCUGAUGCAGACAUGGCAUAGCCCAGGCUGCUGGCACUUGAAGAAGAGGGAGUGGCCCUGAGGAGGGAGCUUGGGGUUGGCACCACCCAGCUUGACGAGAGGCUAAGACAUGAGGGCAGUCUGCCUGGGAGAAGCCUGGUGGCCAGUGGCAGUGACACUGAAAGCUAUGUUAGAAGAGAGAGCCAGUUUGAGUUUAGGUUUAGGAACAGGUACAUUGUAAGCAACUUCAGGACAGUUAAGCUUAAGCAGCUGGAGGUGAGAGUCUGGAGCUCAAAAGAGAGGUCAGAAUUAGGGGGUCACCUGCUGAUCCAGAGGGGAGUGGCCAGAAGAGUUCUGACCCUUGGGAGAUACAUUCGCUUAGAUGAUGAGACCAAGAAGAGGCUUCAAGGAAAAAGACAGAGAAGCCAUCAAAGAGGUAGGGGAAAUGCCACUAUUCCCCAGUGCAUCAUCAGUGUAGGCUAACUGCCAUAACAAACAAUCCCCAUAAAAGUUUCUCAUGGCAUCACAGUACAGUGCAGGUGGAUAAGGAGGCUUUGCUCCACAUAGUCAUUCAGGGACCCAGGUUCUUCCAAAUAGCAUCUCUGCUAUCCUUUAUAGCCUUAGAGCCCUCCUCUGGAGCCUUUGCAUCUGGCCAGCAAAUGAGAGGAGAGAGAGGAUAUUGAAGAUUGCACAGUAGGUUUUAUGAAGCGGCAAACUUCAUUUCUUCCAGAGCCCAGUCACCUCUAACUACAAGAGAGGCUGGAAUAUGUAGUCUAGCUGUGUGCUAAGAAGGAAAUUUUUGGUGAACAGCUACAUAGUCUCCUCUAAGAGUCAAGACAUUGGUAAAUAAAAUUUCAUCUUAAUAUAAAUUCUAAAUCCUAGGGCAGUUUCUCAACAUUUUCUUCUUCAGAAAUUUGGCCUGUCUUCUCUUUUCUUCUCCUGCCUGAGUUUCUUUCCUCCCGAAGUCCUGACUGGGGUUUUUUUUUUUUUUUUUUUAAAGAAAAACAAACAAAAAACCCCAUCCUCCACCUACUGCAGCUAUCAUAUGUGUAACCCAUAUACAAGCUGGACUUUAUAAUGGUCCUGUCUUUCAUGGACUUUCAGUCCUGUCUUUCAUGGACUUUCAGUCAAGGAAACUCAGCCUGACACCAGCAACGAAAUCACUGAAAUAAUGUAAAACUUUACUUUGCCUCUCAAGGAAACACACAAGAGUACCAUUUUCAAAGCUCACAUUUAUCUCACUGUCAGUACCUGGCAGCUACCUCCUUACUCACAUCUCUCAAUUCUCAAGCCAGUUUUUCCUGGCUCUUCAAUUCUUUGCCUACUCACCAGUAAGUCAUUAUUGUCUCUACUGAAGAAGACAUGUCUCUUCAGCCCAAAAUUUAGAAAUCAGCAAGUUGGGCCUGAGGUAGUUGAAAGUAUGGGUCCUCCAUAUCUCUGGUCCUUGAUAUAAGUCUCAUAUUUUUGUUUUGUUUUGCUUACUGUUUAGCAUUUAAGUGGGCUUAAUUAUUUAGAGAAGUUUUAGGUUUACAGAAAAUUGUACAAAAAGUACUGAGAGUUCCUCCUCUUCCCCCUGCACACUGUUUCUCCUGUUAUUAACAUCUUGCAUUCCUGUGGUACAUUUGUUAGAAUUGAUGGGCCAGUAUCAAUGUAUUAUUAUUAACUAAAGUUCAUAGUUUACAUUAGGCCUCACUGUAUGGGUUUUGACAACUGCAUAACGUCUUGUGUCCACCAUUAUAGUAUCAUAUAGAAUAGUUUCACUGUUCUUAAAAUGGUCUGUGUUUCACCUCGUCAUCUGUCCUCCCAUCUCCCUGGUGACCACUGAUCUUUUUACUGUCUUUGUAGUCUUGCCUUUCCCAGAAUGCCAUAUAAUUGAAGUCAUACGGUACGUAACUUUACAGGCUGGCUUCUUUUACUUAGCGUUUAAAUUUCCUCCAUGUCUUUGUAGCUUGAUAGCUCAUUUCUUUUUAUCUCUGAAUAAUAUACUCCAUUGUACGUAUGGAUGUACCACAGUUUGUUUAUCCAUUAACCUGUUAAAGGAUGUCUUGGUUGCUUAAAAUUUUGACAAUUAUGCAAGAAACAUUCAUGUGCAGAUUUUGUGUGGACACAUGUUUUCAAUUCAUUUGAGUAAGUACCUACGAGUGUGAUUGCUGGAUCAUGCGGUAAGCCUACAUUUAGCUUUGUAACAAACUGCAAGAUUGUCUUCAAAAGUGUCUAUACCUUAGGAGACAGUGAACUUUUAUUAAGAGUGAUGGAAAAAGUUGGAAAUAGACAAUGGUGAUGGUUGCCCAACAUGAUGGACAUGAUUAAUGUUACUAAACUGCAUGUGUGCGGAAUAUUGAAGUGGCAAAUGUUUUGUGACAAAUGUAUUUACCACACAAAAAAGUAGCUGUCUUAUUUUGCAUUUCCACCAGCAAUGAAUGAGUUUCUGUCACUCAACAUCCUCACCAGCAUUUAGUGUUGUGGUCUUAUCUUUUAGGAAGUAAGAUAUUUGAGGUUGUGGUGAUGGUUUGGAGAUGUGGGACAGGAGUGUGGUGUCUGCUGCAGGAGAGUAGCCUUGGAACAUGAAAGGAGUGGGUCACAAGCUAACGCUGAGUAAGCUUACUACAUUUAAUAAGGUAUUUAGAUUUGUUUCCCAAUAUUCCACAAAAUAUUGGUGCUUUAAGGGACGUUAAUAAGUAUCAUGAAUCAGGAAGACAGAAGAAAAAUUGAUGCAUUUGAACUAUGGUGUUGGCAAAGAACAUUGACUAUGCCAUGGAAUGCCAGAAGAAAGAGAAAGUCUGUCUUUGAAAAAGUACAGCUAGAGUGCUCCUUGAAAGCGAGGAUGGAGAGA